CAACUCCUUUUCAUGUCAGUUGGUGAAGUGGAUUUAAUCAAAGCUUCGAGUCCGUGCACAGCAGUCCUCUGGAGAGAGAAACUAGUGAGAGAAAAAGAAACCGUGUGUUGAAGCCAAGGAUCUGAACCGAGAGAGAGAAAGAGAGUGGGUGGCGACUGGGUUUCUGUGGAAGCUUUUGUCUUGCUAAGCGGUGAAGGUUUGAGCGCAAACAGUGAUCUGUGGUGUAUGUUUCAUUACUGUAUGUGAUUUGGAGGGGGCAGAUUGACUUUCUGAUCCUAUUGGGGUCGUGUAGUAAAUGUCGUUCCGUAGUAUAGUACGAGAUGUGAGGGAUGGGUUUGGAAGCUUAUCGAGGCGGAGUUUUGAUGUAAGGCUUCCAGGCCACCACAGGGGGAAAUCUCAUGGUUCGGUGCAUGAAUUACACGAACAGCCUUUAGUAAUCCAGAACAGUCGAUGGGCUAGCCUUCCACCUGAGCUUCUGCACGAUGUGAUCAAGAGAUUGGAGGCAAGUGAGAGUACUUGGCCUGCUCGCAAGUAUGUGGUUUCAUGUUGUGCCGUGUGCAGGUCAUGGAGAGAAAUGUGCAAGGAAAUUGUCAGAAGUCCUGAGUUUUCUGGAAAAAUUACCUUCCCAGUUUCCUUGAAGCAGCCUGGGCCCAGGGAUGGAACUAUUCAGUGCUUCAUUAAGAGAGACAAAUCUAAUUUGACUUAUCAUCUUUUCCUUUGCCUUAGCCCUGCUUUGCUUGUUGAAAAUGGAAAGUUUCUUCUUUCUGCAAAACGGAGUCGGAGAACUACUUGCACAGAGUAUGUAAUUUCGAUGGAUGCAGAUAAUAUAUCAAGAUCAAGUAGUACCUACAUUGGAAAAUUGAGGUCAAAUUUUCUGGGCACCAAAUUCAUAAUUUAUGAUACGCAGCCCCCAUACAACAAUUCUCAGCUUCUUCCACCUGGUCGAAGCCGUAGGUUCUACUCGAAGAAAGUUUCUCCAAAGGUACCCACUGGCAGCUACAACAUUGCUGAAAUUGCAUACGAGCUGAAUGUGUUGGGUACUAGAGGCCCACGCAGAAUGCAAUGCAUCAUGCACUCAAUUCCUGCCAAACCCCUUGAGCCAGGUGGUUUUGUACCUGGCCAGGCGGAGCUUCUCCCUCGCAACUUGGAAGACUCAUUCCGGAGCAUUUCCUUCUCAAAAUCAAUUGAUAAUUCAGUCAAUUUCAGCAGUUCUCGGUUUUCUGACAUCGUUGGUACCCGUGAUGAAGAAGAGGAAGGAAAAGAAAGACCAUUGGUUCUUCGGAACAAGGCACCAAGAUGGCAUGAGCAGUUGCAGUGUUGGUGCCUUAAUUUCCGUGGCAGGGUAACUGUUGCAUCUGUCAAGAACUUCCAGCUGAUUGCAGCGACACAGCCUGCUGCUGGUGCACCAACUCCAUCACAGCCAGCGCCGUCAGACCAUGAUAAAAUCAUCCUGCAAUUCGGCAAGGUUGGCAAGGAUAUGUUCACCAUGGAUUACCGAUAUCCUCUCUCGGCCUUUCAGGCCUUUGCCAUUUGCUUGAGCAGCUUUGACACCAAAUUGGCAUGUGAAUAGCAGAAAAAGAGAUUAUGGAAAGAUAUAGAACAUUUAAAUUGUAAUGUCCUCCUUAUCCAGUUUUAUAGGAUUGCCUGCUUUAUGUGAUAACUGUUCAACCAAGUCGGAAUGGAAAGUGCAGUAAAAUCUCUGUGGGCAAAGGGCGCAGGCAGUCGUGUCUUUUCUGUUUUUAUCUUUUUCGACAUAUUUGGGGUUAGUUUGAUUCGACUUUCGGCGGUGACAUCCCUGCAUAUGUUGUUAAAAACUUUGUUGUUGCCAUGAUGCGCUAAAUCGAGGAGAAAGAAAAAAAAAACCAGUUUUAGGUUUAAUCAUUGUAUAUUCAGUACAGAAUUAUGUAGAGGUAAUAUUUAACUGUGUUUGUAGGGUGUUGAAGUAGACAUUAGAUGCCUGCAUGUUCUUUUGCUAUCUGAGGGAUUCCAUUAGGAUCA